GAUGUGGUGGCGCGUGUGGCUGACGCUGCUGCUGGUGCUGACAGUCGCAGUUCUGAGCGGCCAUUCCCUGGAGCUCGGCCUGCGCAGGGCAGCCCUCAUGGCGCGGGCUCGUCAGGAGGCUGCAGACCGACUCAGAAGAGGCUUUCAGAACUCGGCCUUGGCGACCGCGCGAGGCUUCGGUAAACGUUCCCAUUCCGACCUGCACUACGACUCUCAUGAAGGCGCAGAUUACGGCCCCGUGCUGAGUGCGGCGGAUGAUGGUCACUGGAAGCUCCUGGAGGGCACUGGCAGGGACAGGUCGCUGGCAGACGGCAAGAGGGGCGGCGAAGCAGCAGCGCUCGACAAGAACAGCGUUCCUGGCGAAAGAUAUCCUGUCUCGAUGGUCGGUGAACUCAUCUCGUCCUCACCGUCCCUCGCCACGUCGCUCGUGUCUCGGUUUCUUGACGCGGAUUCUGACGGCUACGUCUCGCCCAAGGAGCUCGUCAACGUCAUGCAGUAGAUGACGUCGAGAUUGUCUGUCUUGAGAAAAUGUUAUUUGUUUUUCAUAAUGCGUUCACGAACUGAGGUCUCCACAUGUGUUACGGACCAGGCAAUAAGUCCAGCAGCUAUCU